GCUCAGUGACACUUAUGGCGUCGCUCGAGACCCACGGGGCGUCGCGACGUUCAUUCAUUCAAUUCGGGAGUCGCGUGGCCGAAUUCUACAGGUGUCUAGUACAGAUUUUCACCGAAAAUAAUACUAUUUAAAAGCGCAAAUUUGAAUUUUAUAGGUGCAUUGUGUUGGAUCAACUUAUCGAAAUUACCGUUCAGAAAUUUUUCAGUGAGUUGAAAAUGUGACAAAAGUUUUAGUUUAGUUGAGAUACAUGUGGUGACAUUACAGGUGCUCUUCACCAUGUCCCGCGAAGACCGAGUGUACUACAACACAACGAUAGUACUCUUCAGUCCAUCCAACAGCAUCGCUGCAGAAAACCCCACAGAAGCGAAAGAAAACGAAAAUAAUUGGUGGGCUCUCACAGCCAUUGGAUUGGCCAUUGGAACGGCUGCAGGAAACAUAUUGGUUUGUUUGGCGAUUUGCUGGGAAAGACGACUGCAGAACGUUACCAAUUAUUUCCUGAUGUCUUUGGCCAUUACCGAUUUGAUGGUGGCUAUUUUAGUUAUGCCUUUGGGAAUUUUGACUUUGGUUAGAGGUUAUUUUCCUCUGCCCUCAAUUUAUUGCCUGGCCUGGAUUUGCCUGGAUGUGCUUUUCUGCACGGCAUCGAUAAUGCAUCUGUGCACAAUCAGUGUGGACCGAUACCUUUCGCUACGUUAUCCCAUGAAGUUUGGACGAAAUAAAUCAAGGCGAAGAGUCAUCUUGAAGAUCCUGUUCGUAUGGCUUCUGUCGAUCGCCAUGAGUCUCCCGCUCAGCUUAAUGUAUUCCCAAGAUCAAGACUCGCUGAUCAUAGAUGGAACCUGCCAAAUUCCUGACCCACUCUACAAGUUUAUUGGAUCAAUAAUAUGCUUCUACAUUCCGCUGUUGGUGAUGCUGGUCACAUACGCGCUCACGGUCCAGCUGCUGGCCAAUCAGAAGCUGAACUUGGGAACCCCUAACUGGUCCAGCAACUGGAUGGGACCUGCUACAACUCCUUUGGAGAGGCGCUGUACAUGGAGAAGACUGCUAAAAGCUACGUCCAGAGGAGGAAAACUAUCAACAAUGUCCACACCACAACAUGGACAUUCGGCAGGUUCCACUGAUACAGAACUAACCACAUUGGACAACCACGAGCUCUGGAUACAAGAGUCGGAACCCACUCCUUGCACCAUGUCCGCUCUAGGACAGUUUGGAACUGAGAUGCUGAAACUAUCGCGAGGCUUGCAAGAGGCAGCUGCAGCUGCUGUGGCAGCUGAAUCGCUGAAUACUGUAGCAAUGGAACCCGGACUAUCGCCCGGGAAAAGCUACAAGUCAGGAUCUACAGCAAGCUUGACCGGAUCACACUCUUCACUCUUCGCUACAGAGCUGCCAGCAUGGCACAUAAAACGACGAAGAGCCUCCACGUUCCAUGAAGGAGACACCAAAGAUGAAGCUCCGGCUCCAGGAUGGAGAAGACGGAGAACAUCGAGUUUCCACGCAACUGGCCGAGCCUAUUCUGAGCACAUGCACAACACGCCUACUGAAUCCUCUCUGCCCAUGCCACCUCCUUGCACUUGCCCAUACUUUGGCAUGACGCAAGAGGAGAAAUGCCUGGCGCCUCCGGCUGAGGUAAAGAUGGUUUCUGGUGGAUUGGGAAGCAACAUCUACAACCAAAAGCCAACGACUCCAGCAGUAUCGCCGAUGAAAAAAUCCGCUCUGAGCAAUAGGAGCAGACCUGCAAGUAGUGAUUCUUCACCGAAUAAUAUUGUUGUCACUUGGGAGUCGAAACGAGGACACAGAAGAGGUUCCAGUAUCGGCAACACGAAAACCUCCUUGCUCUCCUAUUCCCCAUCGAAUUCCCAAAAAACUCCCCUACUACGCAGAUCGGCCACCCUGCGCCAAAACGGAAAUAUUGCAACUUUGGUGGACAGAAGCAAAAACCCUUCAUCGCCCUGCUUGCUCCAGAGGUACCAAUGUAAUAGUGGAGCUGGAAAACUCACCAGGAGCGUGCGCUCCCAUCAUUCCAGAAACUCCAGCGUAAUAUCCAGGAACUCUUCGCGUCAUGGACGGAUCAUCCGGUUGGAGCAGAAGGCCACUAAAGUGUUAGGGGUGGUGUUUUUUACGUUUGUGAUCUUGUGGGCCCCAUUUUUCAUUCUCAAUUUGUUGCCGACGUUUUGCACCGAGUGCGACAAGAACUUGAGCGCUUGGGUGAUGCAUCUGGUUACAUGGUUGGGGUAUGGGAGUUCCAUGGUAAAUCCCAUUUUCUACACGAUUUUCAACAAGGUGUUCAGGCAGGCAUUUAAAAAGGUGCUAACGUGUCGUUACCGGAAAACCACAUGGAGGCCCCAUAGGUGACAAGUGAGGAUGAAGAAGAAGCAGCAGAGGACUAAGUUGUAGAUCUUUGUCAAUAAAACUGGGGUAAAUCGGGUGCAAUUGGAGAAACCGUGAGUGAAGGUGUAAGUGAAAAUAUAUAGAGUACCAAAGUCUUUCAAACUGAGUGAUAGUAACAUAUACAGCCAGGUAAAUGUAUUAGCGCUCUUCAAACGCAUUUUCCAUUAUGGUAAUAGGGCAAAAAUGUAAAUAAUGCAAGCGUAGCAAACGAAUAUCAUAUGAAUAGUGAAUUCGGCAUAAACUUUUCCUUUGAUUAAGAAUCAUGUGCAUUUGUUCCUUGAUAAUUCUAGGCAUAGGAAAGUCUAUUUCUACAAGUGGCAGUGCUUCAAAUGAUUAGGUCAAUUCUAUGGAGAUUGACAUAAAAUAUCAAGUAAAUAAGAAUUUAUAUAUCUAAGAUGUUUAUAGUGACUGUUAUGUGCGUUCGCACUGAUGUUACUAAAUAAUUCCUUUUCCGAAACUGAAUGCUUUGAUUGAUGGAAAAUUGUUGACCAACUCAGCAUUCUAAAAAUCCCAAAUAAUUGCAUAAAACAAACUUUGGAACUUCUAAAUUAGGCGCAAGAAAUAAACCUCUUUGUUGUUUUUAAUGCGAGCAUUAAAGAAUUGCAUGUAGGUAUAAAUUUUAGCAACAAAAAUCCGCAACAAUUUAACCGAUGGUUAAGCUUUAGUUUUGUAUAAAUAACUACAGUUAAAAAUGGUUUCGCAAAAUCCUAUUUUCGAUAAUAAUAAAUUAAAUGUGAUACAAUUGGUAGGAGUAAGUUUUGUAUCAAAUUUUUUAACUAUUAGCAUCCCUAGAAAGUGCAUGGCUGGAAAUUGGACUACAACUGACAAAUUAGAGCAAACUACUGCCAAAUUACGUGCUGUUGAAAGUGCAAUUUCGCUUAUGCACUGACUGUUGUGAUAAUAUUUUAUUACAUGAGUAGCAUUAGAAAAUUGGCCUAAAUGGCCUUUAGACUUGGGGGAAAAAGAUGCUUCUUAAAUGUAACAUAGAUCCAUUUAUAUGUCGUGUACAAAAAUCAUAUCGUAGAUAAUGUAACAUACAUACUGCUAGUUUCAAUGUCAUAGUUGAAUAAAAUGUUGAUAUAAUAA